AUUACUAGUUACAGCUUGAGUAAUGUUUUAAAUGCUGAUGAAAUUUACGAGUUGUUACCUCAUAUACUUCAUGCCCUAGUAGGUGGACUUUGCAAAAGGAGGUAAACAGAUUGAUUGCUCUGUUCUUCUGUAAUGCAUCCUACACCGAAAAGAUGAGACCACUUGUCAUUGGCAAGUCAGUUAACCCUGAGGGCUUCAGAAAUGCUCACUUACUCCCCUGUGAUUACCAAGCUAAUAUGCUACUCUAAAUUUUUAAUGAAUGGCUGAGGAAGGUUGGCAAGAGAAUGAAAGGAGCAAAAUGCAACAUCCUCUUGCUGGUAAUAAAUCAUCAUCAGUCAAGAUGUCUUCAGCACCUGAGCCUCCAGGCUUUAAAAAGGAACCACCCAAAGAGAAAGACUUUCGAAACCCAGGGCUCAGAGGGGUCCAAACGACAACGUUAUUUCGAGCUGUGAAUCCGGAGCUCUUCAUUAAACCUAACAAACCGGUAAUGGCUUUCGGAUUGAUAACCCUUUCGCUGUGCGUGGCUUAUAUCGGUUAUCUACAUGCAACACAAGAGAAUAAAAAGGACCUCUAUGAAGCUAUUGAUAGUGAGGGACACAGCUAUAUGAGGAGGAAAACAUCUAAAUGGGAUUAAUAGUGCUGGUUACUCUGGAUGGAGCUAAAUAAGGGCUCUGGAAUCAUCAAAUGAUAGACUUUAUAAAUACACAAUAUCAUGUUUCUUGUACAGUUGCAACCAAACCACUAUAGUAAAAAAUUUUCUUUUCAAAGCUGCAGCCAUUAUCUUAUUCUUUUUCCACAGGAAACGUCUCAAUGUAUUUUUUAAAUUAAAUCCUCUUAUAAAAGUA